CUAAAAUAGGAAACCACCUAGGAGCAGUAGACUGCGCAGUCAAAGUUAUCUUAUCAAUGUUAAAGUAGAACAUGAUCUCUUACUAUAUCUUUUCGCGAUAUGAAUCAUUGUGCACUGUAUCAGGUGUAAUAUGAGCGUUAUACUCAGUGAUGCUGCAAAACUUUGUCAGUAGUGAAGAUGUAUUUUUUCACAGUUUUGUUAAUAUGUUACGGGAUACGUUUGAUAGAAUCUCACAUCGGUAUACCGGAUGAACUCCAAGAAUGUUACGUGAAUGACAACAUGAAAAAUUUUCAUCUUCCCAUGAAUAUUCGUGUGUUACUAGACAUUAUCCGCAAAGCAGAAAAAGAUUCUUACGCUACGAUGGAUGUUAAAGCGAUGUCAUCAUCCUUACUGCAUAGAUUUAAAUUUGAUGGCGUCGAACACUAUGAAAAUAUACAGCCACGCGACGGAAUACUUCCCUAUGGACAAUCUGGAAAGCAAAGCAUAAGAAAUAGAUUAAUAAAAGUAUUGAAUCCAGGAAAACCAGAAAUUUUUCCGUUUGAUUCACUCACAGCGAUAGAACGAUGUACUUUACACCAUGCUAUUUCAAAUACGAUAAUGAAGGAAAGUUCACAUGAUACAAACCUGUUAUGUGAAGAAAUAGGACAAAAACUUACAACUAAUUCCAUAUUUGCCGAUCUGUGGAACUGUCCGAAAGAAUACGGAGUAAUUCUUACACCAUAUGGAACCAUUGCACCAGGUGCUAUCAUAGGAGCUAUUGCUGCUUCGCUUCAGCAUCAGACUAUCUCUUUAAAUGAAAUAUUCAACAUCACCGAAAGACCUAGUACCAUAGAUGGCAUGGAUUAUCCCGACCAAGUUGAUUUCAUUUUGCCGAGAAGCGAAAUGAUACACGCUAGAUCAAUGUCAUAUCUUUCCUUUCUCGGGUUAAAUGUUAAUUUGGAUAAUGUAUGGCUAACUACGAUUGCAGGUGAUUUAGCGGAAAUAGUAGUACAUCAAGGACCCAUAUUGGGCGCUAAUAUGGAACUUGGAGCUGCUGGAUUUUGGAAUAAUACUAUGCGUCCUCACGUUUAUUAUUUAAAAAGCAGUAAAGAUGGCUAUCUCGAUGCCACUCGUGCUGAAAUAGUUGGUGACAUCGAUGCUCUUAUUAUAGCAAAUUACGUGAACACCUGGGUGAAUGACUUUAACAGUCUUCGUUUAAGUCAGAUUCUUGAUAUGUAUUAUUCUAACGAAGGUAUAACUGUACAUGACGAAAACGUCAAAAUUUGCAACAGAAAGAACGCUUUCGCAGACGCUGUACCAAAGACAAUUUUGUACGAACAGACGUACGCUGCAUCCGACAUCUUGGCCUAUUAUAACAGCAUCAGAUUCACAUCUCCGGAAAUUUUUAAACAAAUGGUUGAUCAUGCGGUUGAUAAAUUUUCCGUUUAUGCAAACAGUUACCUGUUAACAGAAUUUCUCUGUCGAGAUAAGAAACUUCAUCCACAAAUAGAAGCAUUGAUCGCAUUCGACGGUGCCUGGGCUAAAGAACAUACAAUGAAUUUGUUCGCGACAUUGAUAGAUGAUCUGGAUAUAUCGAUGUAUGGAUCAAAAAUGGGUAUUUUACAUGGACAAUCUGGGCAAUGGUUGCUUAACGUAACGAAUAGUCCCAGCCUCGCCUAUUAUGCUAUAUCUAAUUUCACAAACAUUUCCUGGCCUACGCACUUAAAUCUUUUGGUAACCAUGGAUACGGUAUAUAAUUACUUGAAUGAAACAUGGGAAACGAAAGGACAACAACAUACAAUAGGAAGCUUGGGUCAAGUGGUCCUAAUAUUGGCUCCAUUAACUCAAAUAUCUGAAAUAGAACAACAGACGAUUUUAAAGUUAUUACGAGAAAUUAGGCAUCAUCAUCCUGACGUAAACAUUUUAUAUUACGUGUCAGAAGACCACUCUGAUUCAUUUCAACCAUUUAUAUUAUCAGAGCAUGACCGUUUAAUAGUUAGCCCUUAUAUCGAUACCAUUACUGAAUAUCUAUUAACAGUCCCACGAACUCUACGGCCGGUACUAAAAUUUGCAACUAACUCUUCAAUGUUCAAAGAUGAAAUGGAGGACUAUAUAAGUCUCUCCAAAUCAGUUACGUACAUUUUGCAUCCACGGCACAUUGAUACAAAGAAAACAACAAUUACAGUUCAUAAUUUUGGUUAUGGGACGAUAAAAGCUUGUUCGUGGAAACAAUAUAAAAUAGGCAACAAUCAGGAACAUAUGUCAUGUCAAAUGCUUGAUUCGCAUCAAGUUGUUAAUAUAACUGAUGAUUUCGUAUGUAAGGAUAUAGAUUGUCCUUACAUAUAUUUCCGUAUACAAAAUGCUACUUCCUACAGAAAAUGUGCAGAAAUAGAAUGCAGAUCACCAGAUCAAGUGAGAUACAUUAUAAGGAUGCAAAGUUACGAAAACUCGGCAAAUAAAAUAUUUGUAAAUAUA